GACAACAAACAUGGAGGAAUAUGCCCGUGAACCUUGUCCCUGGAGGAUAGUGGAUGACUGUGGAGGUGCUUUCACCAUGGGUGCAAUCGGGGGUGGAGUGUUCCAGUCGAUCAAGGGCUUUCGUAAUGCCCCUGCAGGUGUCGGACACAGACUAAGAGGAAGUGCAAAUGCAGUGAGAAUAAGAGCUCCACAGAUUGGAGGUAGCUUUGCUGUCUGGGGAGGGCUCUUCUCCACAAUCGACUGUGGUUUAGUUCGCCUGAGAGGGAAAGAAGAUCCUUGGAACUCCAUUACAAGCGGUGCGCUGACUGGGGCCAUCCUGGCAGCACGCAGUGGGCCCUUAACCAUGAUGGGCUCUGCCAUGAUGGGGGGAAUCUUGCUCGCUCUCAUUGAGGGUUUUGGCAUCCUCUUGACCAGAUAUACAGCACAGCAGUUUCAGAACCCUAUUCCUUUUGCAGAGGACCCGAGUCAGUUACCUCCAAAGGAUGGAGGUCAGCAGGGGGCGAAGGGACAGUAUCAGUAGAGAGCGACAAAGACUGAGACCAGCUGUAACCACAGUGAGUCAGAUCAGACAGUAGGGGGGUCACCAGACAUGAUGGCCAGGAGGUGAGAUACUGGUUGCACUAUGUACUAUUAUACCUCAGGGGCAAAUUACUGUGAGUUUUUAGUUAUUUAUGAGUGACUGUUUGCACUUUCAGCAUCUCAUGCGAUACUUUCUGUAUUAAAGUAGGUAACUUUUAUAAAAAUGACUUUUUGUCAUAUUUGCUGAAUCUGUUACUAUAUCCUGACAGUAAUCGAGGGGGGGUCAAACUGAUCCAUGAAAGGGCUGGUGUGGCUUCAUUUCAACCAAGCAGGAACACACCUGACUGAACUCAUUCAAUCAACUGUUAAUCUAUUAGUUGUGAAGUGCAGUUCAAGUAGUGAACAAUUAAAUAGUAAUGUAAUAAAUGGUAAAUGGACUGCACUCGAUAGAACUUUAAUACUACAGACAGCCACCCCUUUGCUUUCCUAACCUGUGAAAAGUGAGUGGAUGAAGCAUUAAGU